AAUCGCUUUGUAUGGAUAGAAUCGAAGUUUAAUUUAGAUGGGUCCGUGCAAAUGAACUGGAAAGAAAUGAGUGCGAAAUAUGCACUGUUGGCUAGCAAAACUGAAGCAGUAGAUCUUGCUGUUUGAGUGUUUUCAUUUCACAUAGCUAAUAUCCACACCCUUCAAGAGGAGGAGGCUGGAGCAAGGCCAGGUUUGGGAAGGAGGUGAGGGCACAGAGAGGGGGAGAGGCUUUGAAAGUCACUGAUAGGCAAAAGGGGACACAACACCUCCAAAUUCUUCCUUCCCAAAACUUGACUAGAUUUCCCUUGCGCUCUCACAAAGCCUAUUCUGAUGGUUGCAGAGCCUACCUUGGCAAACUACUUAAUAGCUGGAGAGAUGGAGUUAAGUCCAUGCAUUCCUGUGUCUUUUACUCUGGGGAUGUCAUUAUUAAAGUAGAAGGCGCUUGAUACAUUUUGUCCAUUCCUCUAAUACUAGACUUAAGUCAGGCGAGAAGCAAACUGGAUGAAAGAAGGGAGCGGGUGGGUUUAAGGCAGAACACUGGUCCGUGGGUGUGGUGAGUCUGCAAUGAGGAAGGGUCUGGGUCCGGUUAAUUUGUGUGGGUGGAGUGCCCUCUGGCGGCUGUCUCCGGUGCCAUCAAGCGUCAAACCCUCGAAACCCUAUUGGAGUGGGUUGGUCGGCCUAAAGAAUUGGCUUAGAGGGCAAGUGUUCGUUGGGAAAUAAAAACUCAGUACGCCCGCUCCCUUCACAGGAAGCAGGUGGGGGCAAAAGUGAAAGCCUUUGGAAUUUGAUAGGAUCGCUCGCCCCGCCCCUCAGCGACGUCCGGCUUACGGUUGUUUUACGACAGUGUGCGAUCGCAUGCUUGCUUUCCGGCAGCGUGGUCUGACGCUUCGCUCAAUUUCCGACAGCGUAGCUCUGGCUGCUACCCGGUGUGGGCUUCAAAGGUUCGAGUCCCACUACGGGAAUGAGCCUUUUUGACCUCUUUCGGGGCUUUUUCGGCUUUUCUGGACCUCGGAGCCACAGAGAUCCCUUUUUUGGAGGAAUGACUCGCGAUGAAGACGAAGAUGAUGAGGAAGAGGAAGAAGAAGGAGUCACGUGGGGCCGUGGGAACUCGAGGUUUGAGGGUCCCCAGCCCCCUGAGGAAUUUAGCUUUGGCUUCAGCUUCAGCCCGGGAGGAGGAAUGCGUUUCCACGAUAACUUCGGCUUUGAUGACCUAGUACGGGAUUUCAACAACAUCUUCAGCGAGAUGGGGGCCUGGACCUUGCCUUCCCGCCCUCCUGAACUUCCAGGUCCUGAGUCAGAGACACCUGGUGAGAGACGGCAGGAAGGACAGACGCUUCGGGACUCAAUGCUUAAGUAUCCAGAUAGUCACCAGCCCAAGAUCUUUGGUCGGGGCUUGGAGAGUGAUGCAAGAUCUGAAUCCCCCAAACCAGCACCAGACUGGGGCCCCCAGAGACCUUUUCAUAGGUUCGAUGAUACGUGGUCUGUGACCCCCCACUCUAGAGCCAGAGAAGACAAUGAUCUUGAUUCCCAGGUUUCUCAGGAGGGUCUUGGCCCAGUUCUGCAGCCCCAACCCAAAUCCUAUUUCAAGAGUGUCUCUGUGACCAAGAUCACUAAGCCAGAUGGGACUAUAGAGGAGCGCCGGACUGUGGUGGACAGCGAGGGCCGGAAAGAGACCACAGUAACCCAUCAAGAGGCAGGCGGCAGUCCUAGAGAUGGUCCAGAAUCACCAACACCUCCAUCCUUGGAUGAUUCCUCUUCCAUCCUGGAUUUGUUCCUAGGACGUUGGUUCCGGUCCCGGUAGCCUUGUUAAUUAAUCACAGAGGCCUUUAGAUUCUUUCCACCUCCCACCCUUUGCUUGGUAUUAAUGGGCUUAGUUGUCUUCCUGCCACCUCAGGACCUUGGGUGUGUGGAACAGUGAAUUGAAGGUCUGUCAGUGUGUCAGUCACCCAAACUGACCAAUAAAACCUUUAUUUAUGCUAA